AUGGCCUACCAGGAGCUAACAGACACUUCGGCGGCCGAGAAAGCCAUCGCAUCAAUUGACCCAAACAAGCCAGUCUAUAUGCUCAACCUUCUGAAAUUCCGGCCCGUUGCAGUCUACGAUCCCUCGAGCCCACCUGAGAUUCUAUCUCUUCCCCGCUGCAGCGGUCGCGAGGCAUGGCAAGAACGUUAUGUGCCUGCCUUUUUCGCGCUUCCGACCAUGACCGGCACCCGAGUUCCAUUUUCGGGCAAAAUGGUGGGAAAGGUUCUUGGGCUACAGGAUGAUGGAUGGGAUGAGAUGGCUGUUGUGAAGUACGAGAAUGUUGGGGUUUUCAGAGAUACUAUCAUGAGCGAGGUGUAUGCGCGGACCUCUGCGCCCCAUCGGGUCGCUGCGCUAGCCGAUGCGAGAUUAUUUGCUUUUGAGCUGUUGGGCACAAUUUGA